UAGAGCAAAGGCAGUGAUUUAUGAGCAUGAAGAAGAAGAAGAUGAACAUGGAGGAUAGGAUUAGCGGCUUACCAGACGAAAUCCUCUGCAACAUACUCUCUUUUCUUCCAACCAAGGAAGCUAUUGCCACAAGUGCUCUCUCCAAGAGGUGGAUCCCAUUGUGGCGUUCAGUCUCCACUCUCGACUUCAACUUCACCGAUGCCAAAUAUCUUCGAAGCACGAAGCGCCAUUCACGCUUUGUUGAGUCUGUGUAUGCAUUUAUCCUCUCACGAGAUUUCCACCAACCAUUCCACCAACCCAUCACAAAAUUCCGCCUCUCCUGUCAUCACGUUGACGAGUUAACACCUUCCACUCUCACCGUUUGGGUUAAUGCUGCCUUGCAACGCCGAGUUCAGCACCUCGAUAUCUCCCUUCCCGGCUGGUAUAACUUGUCUAACUCUUCUUCCAUCUUCAGUUGCAAAACUCUGGUGGUUCUCAAGUUGGAGGGUUUACAAUUCAAAACAACUGUUUCUUCUGUUGAUCUCCCCUUCCUUAAAGUUCUGCAUCUGCGAGGAUGGAUUCUAUGUGAACGUGGAUGUCUGGCUGAGCUUCUUUCCGGAUGUCCGGUUCUUGAAGAAUUGAAAGCAAGUAAUAUAUUUUUUGGUGAACCUGUUGCUCGCACAGAGUUUAAAACUUUGCCCAAGUUGGUCCGAGCAGAUAUUUCAGAGUCUAUUUCAGGGUCAAGUACAAAUCCCUUUAUGAUGAAAGUGGUUAAUAAUGCCCAUUUUUUGAAACUAAGUCAGAUUUAUACUAGAGUUUCACAUGAUGUUGAAGCCAUGUUUCACAAUUUAACCCGUAUUGAACUUGGCUAUUUAGGUUAUGUAAGUGACUGGUUUGAAGUAGUGAGAUUUCUCAAGUAUUGCCCCAAGCUUCAAGUUCUUGUCAUUAACCAGCCAGGGUUCCAUGAAUACGAUCUUGAUAGAAUCUGUCGCAACAUAAAAGAUUGCCAAGACCCAUCAUUUGUUCCUAAUUGCAUUCUACAAAACCUUAAAGAAUGCUAUCUAAAUGAUUACAGAGGUACAAACUGUGAGUUUCAAUUUGCAAAAUAUAUUAUGCGGAAUGGAAGAUUUUUAAAGAGGAUGACAAUAUGCAGUAGCACCGCCGGAGAGGAAGAAGAAAGGCUUAAGAAUAUACAAAAACUAUCCUCAUACACGAGUUUUAACUUGCUAAGGAAUGUGUCUGUCCUAUUUGUUCACAAAGGGAAGAAUCAGUGUCCCACCUCUUCUUCUCCUGUCCCUUCGCCUGGAACAUUUGGAUGGCAACUUACAAAUGGCAAGGAAUUUCGACAGUAUUACCAGAGGAGGGUAAGAUGCAUUUUCUCCAACACAUUUGCAAUUGUUGGACUCUUAACCAGAGGAAAGGGGCUUGCCGGCUUGGAUAAUCUGGAUAGCGGUAAUCUGGACGAUUUGGACAGCAAGGAACGCGUGCGUUUUUAG